AGCGUUUACAAGAACAACACACAAUUAAGAAAAGAAAAAAAAAGAUUAAAACUUCAUCUGCAGCUGAUGAUUGUAGAUGGUUCUUCCCCACUGCCUUUGAAGAGGAGAAGAUUCACUAAUAUCGAUUCCAUGGAGGCUGCAUCAGCUAAAGCUAAGCUUGAUGCUGCAAAAGAGAAAUUUAGACGAGACAUUCGUGUAUUUGAAACUGCAGGACCAUUGCCAACUCAAAAUGAAGUGCCCAACACUGAGGAGUCAGAUGACUUCUACGAGUUCACUGCAGAAGAUUAUCGUCGAGUGAUGGCAACUAAAAAGGAAGAUAAGUUCCUGAAGACACGAAAAAUUCGAGAAGCAGAAGAGGCAGCCCGAAGAUCAAGAAUAACAAAGGCUGUGAUAAGGGUUCGCUUUCCUGAUAACCAAACAUUAAAGGUCACAUUUCAUCCCUCAGAGAUGAUUCAGUGCUUGGUUGAUCUUAUCACCAAAGCGAUUGCCCGACUGGAUUUGCCUUUUUAUUUGUGUAAGUAUAUUUAAGUAUAAACACUUCGUUAUGUAAUACUAACUGUAUGUUGGUUGUGAAGCUAAUGAGUUGAAUUUUAUGCCCGUUAUCCUAAGAAGCAAAUAAAGGACAUGACACAGGAUUUUUUCUCUGCUGGUUUCAUUCCGGGUGCAAUUGUGUAUUUCUCUUAUGAUCUCCCAAAAGGUGACGAAGCUGCAGCUGCAGAUUCAGCAGCCUUCCUUUUAGAUGAUGUCAAGUCCUUGAAAGGUUUGGAGGUCAUUGCCGGUGCUGAGCAGCCAGCGCCGGUUCAAUCUGCCCCGGAAACUGCUGCAGGUGCCAGUACAGUUUCGUCCCCUGUUGUUCAAGCUAACAAGCCGAGUGAUAAAAAACCGGCCAAGCCAAAGUGGUUUAAAAUGUGAU